UCGGAGGAUUCAUAGCUAAGACACGAUGGGAGACACUGAAAGGGUUUUUGAAAUAAGAUGUUCUGUACAGAAUUAUGCAUGGGGAAAACAUGGAUCUUCAAGUGCUGUAGCACAACUUGCUGCAUCAGCUGAUAAAAAUUUGAAAAUUGAUGAAAAUAAACCAUAUGCAGAGUUAUGGAUGGGAACCCAUUCUAAUGGACCUUCAGAGAUAUACAAAGAUGGUCAGUGUAAAGGAAAGUUAAAAGAUUGGAUUAAACAGAAUGUAGAUUGUUUGGGUUCACAGGUCAGAGAGUACUUUAAUGGCCGCCUUCCAUUCUUAUUCAAGGUGUUGUCUGUUAAUAACUCCUUGUCUAUACAGGCACAUCCAAAUAAGGUUCAUUCAGAAAAGCUACACAAAGAGAGACCAGACAUCUACAAAGAUCCAAAUCAUAAACCGGAAAUGGCCAUUGCUUUGACCCCAUUUAAAGCCAUGUGUGGAUUUAGACCAAUUCAAGAAGUGGCAGACUUUUUAACAAAAAUAGAACCAUUUAGAACAGUAGUUGGUAGUAAGAAUGCCAUUAAGUUAAUUACAGCAAGUAAAACUAAUGACAUGCCACUACACAGAGAAGCUAUGAAGUACUGCUUUACAGGACUGAUGCAACAAGAAACAGAUGUCGUGCAGAGGGAAUUAAAGAAGUUAUUUAUGCUUGUUGAUCAAUUCAAUACAGAGGGCAAGGAUGCCAGUAUUUUGAUACCAGAAAUGUUACAGAAACUAAACACAGAAUUUCCUGGAGAUGUUGGUAAUUUUGCUAUUUACUUCCUCAACAUUAUAACUCUGAAGCCAGGAGAAGCCAUCUUUCUGGAGGCUGACUAUCCUCAUGCUUAUUUAUCAGGAGAUUGUAUGGAAUGUAUGGCAUGUUCUGAUAAUGUAGUUAGAGCAGGACUUACACCAAAGUUUAGAGAUGUUCAUACACUGUGUGAAAUGUUAGAUUAUACAGGCCGUCCAAUUUCGAGAACAAAACUAAAACCAUCAAAAAUAGAUAAUUCCCAAUCAGGAAUAGAGGAGAUCUACUUUACACCACCUAUAUAUGAUUUUGCAGUCAAUGUUAUAGAGGUAUCAAGUGGAUGUACUAAAGCAACUCUGCAACCUUUAGACAGUGCUAGUAUUGUAAUGGUACAGAGCGGUGAAGGCAUUGCCACUAAUUCUACAUUAAGCGCACCUCUAGGUGUUCGGGCAGGAUCUACUCUGUUUAUAUCUGCUAAUGAGACAGUUAAUCUAGAUAUUCAUUCACAAGGAAUGUUGAUAUUCAGAGCAUUGGCUGGUCUUUGACCAAUAUUUCAGGGAGUUUUAACAAUAGAGGGCUUUAUAUGAUUAUUUUGGGCUUAUUUUUUUUCUAAGUUUUGUUAGUUUUGAUAAAUGCAUAGGUGUCGGCUUUCCAGAUUUCAGUGAGAAUCUCACAUAUAUUUUUUUGAAGAAAAAUUCAUGAUGAGUCUCCUGAGAAAAUGACAGAUUGUUUAUGAAUAACUGUUAGGUUACUUACUAUACAGUGCCUAAGCUACCUGAUAUGUUGCUUCAGUUUGAAGAAUAGGAAUUUGUUAAUGAUUUGAAUAAUGUAUCAUGAAAAAUUAAGGUUAAAAUUUGAUAAUUAAAUUGCAAAAAGUUAGAUAAUAUAUGGAAAACAAUUCAAAAUAGAUUCAACCAAAAAUCUCAUAAAAAUGUUUUUGAAGAUAUGGAAAGUUGACACUUGAUUUGAAUAUAUCCAUUCUUUUUAGUUACAAACUGUACCUCAGUCUUAUAUGUUUACAUAAUAGGAUUGAUUGCAUUUAUAAUUGUUAUAUUGUGUGAUGUAAUGUCCAAACACCUAUAGUUAUUUUAUUCAUGCUGAAGCCAAUUUCAUUCCAUAGAAAACUACAUUUUCAUGUUUAUAAAAAUAAGAAGAUGUGGUAUGAUUGCCAAUGAGACAACUCUCCACAAGAGACCAAAUGACACAGAAAUAAUAACUAUAGGUCACCAUUUGUACGUUUUCAUUGGAAUCUUUGAAUCAUUUGAUUAUCUCAUCACUGCUUUGCCCAGGUUUUGCAAUUGCUUGUCAAAUUCACUCAUUUGAAUAAUUUUUAUGACUGAAAAUUCUGUGUCAGUGGGGGGAAUAUUUUUAAGCAGCAAACAGGUUGGUAGCAAUCACUGAAUUGGGAUAUAAAAAUCUGUUUUGGGAAUAAUAUCCCAAAUGGAACAUAAAGAUACCGUCCAAUUUCUUUAUUUUCAUUUUGGGUCAAGUAUUACAAUAUGUGUUUGUUCAGACCAGUACUAGCAAUUUUUGGUUAAUGAUUUUUCCAUAUCUGAAGAAGUGUUUAUGAAUUGAUCCCUAUGUAAAUCUUUAUUUUUUCUAAGGGAUCAAUCUAAAAAACCAAUCCGCUAUUCGGAAAAAUUGCUAAUAAAAAAGUUAUUUAAUUAUAUCUUGCCGUAUUUUCCACUGUUAUACUAUAAAACUGAAAAAUUAAUUUAAAAAACCCUUUUGGGAGUUGGAUAUAACAUCCCAUUUGGGUGCUUGACCCUACGCUUGCUAAACUGGCAAUCAUGUUGAUGCAACAAUCUUAAAUAUAUAUAUUUAAUAUCUAUUUAACUAAUUUUUUUUUUAAUUGAACAGCCACACCACAAACUGUUAGAAGUUAGAAUAUUAAUCAUGUUUUACACUUCUCGUACCUCCUUCUACUCAUUCUGGAACCUGUGAUGGUUAUUUUUUUCAUAGCUUCUGACUGGACAGCAUAGUUAUUUGGUACCAAUUAGCACUAAUGGGAAGCUAGGUGUCUUUAUGUCUUUCAAACUUGAAGGACCAUGGAAAAAAUCUGUGAUCCUCCCUUAAUUUGUCGUUUUGUGUAAUUCCUUAUGAGCUGUGAAUUCGGUCUUCCAACAGCCAGAGAACAGAUAACUGAAAAUCUUGAUUUAUAUACACACACUAUCAAUCUAAAAACAGUAAUUGACUUUUUCUCUACUAUCUACAAACAUUUUGGUAAUGUAAACAACAAAAAGAUACACACAGUUACUUUAUUUUCAUGCUUAGUAUUGAAAAAAAGAUGUGUGAAACAUGCAACAUUUUACCUGGGCAGAACACUGUCAUUUAUAUGAAUUACAUGUCCUAUUGACUAAAAUUAAAACUGUUUGUAUGGAUUGUUUGGACAUUUACAGGAUUGUAUAAUGUAUUUUCUGCUUAAUUUCAAAUUUUUGUCAGGUUGUCCAUUAUUCAUUCAAUAUCUUGUCAUUUGAGAUUUGUUUAUAUUAAAGAUUGCCACAUCCAUGUAACUAAGUAAUAUUGGCAGCUUUGGUGCAUGUUAUAUAUUUUUUUUAAAAUCUAUAUGUAAAAUAUUUGAUGAACUUGAUAUAUGAUUAUCUCAGAAUAAAUCUUGAAUUUUGAGUUUAUAUGAGAUAAGUUUGGAAAAUAUUCUUUAUCAGUAUAAUUAAUUUGAAAGACAAUGACUAAGUUUUAUUUUUUUUUGUCAUAAAAUUAAGAUGUAUUCAUAUAUGUACAUAUAUUUGAUAAGAAUAUUGCAAAAGGUUUGAAAUAUAAAUAUUUUUAAACUGUUAAAAACCUUAUUUUAUGAGCUCCACCGUUGAACAUUUUUAUGUGGUGAUCUCUGUUGUGGUUAACAUACUAUUGACUUACUUCAACAACAUGAAUACUAAAAUGUCAUCCUAAAUAAGAUUUGUCCUCACCUGUUAGCCUUUCUUGCAGAUAAUGAGCUGAUAUGUGGUGUAUUAUUGUAUAAUGAAUAGCUGCACAUUUGUCCUAGGAGUUUAAUUUUGGUUUACCAUGGAACCUUACAUUGGGAUGGAGUUUUAUAAUGUGUUGUUCCAGUCGCUUCUUUGUAAAAUAAAGUCUGAAAUUUGAUUUUCUUUUAAACAUGACAACUUGAAAAACUGAUAUUUAAAAAAGUCUAUAAGAAUUGUUAUCAGUAAAUCAGCUAACCUCUGUCUCUAAGCUCAGUAGAUUUGGUCAUACUUUUCAUUGAAAAUAUAAUAUCUUCUGAUCCUAAACUUUUCCUAUAAGAAAGAUAAAAUCACAUGGAAUGCUUAAACUUUAACAGUAUGUAAAAUAAUCUAUAGUUUUAUUCAAACUAUGCAUUAAGUGUUGUAAAUCCCAAGUCAAAUUAUCUGGGGAAUAUUAUAUGGUCAUUAAUCAAAUAGGAUUACAUUGAUUGCAAUUUCUUUACUUCAGAUUGAAAUAAAAGUAAAAUUCUACCUACAAAUCUUGGAUAUUUUUGAUGAUCAGAAAAUUCUGAAAUUAAAUUCUGAUUUCGUUUGAAACUUGUAAAAGUAAACUUUGUGUGACCCUUUGUUAAACUCUAGAUGUUUUUGUUAUUUGUGUUAUUGAGUUACUGUCUUUUGUGGACCAUCUUUGUCUUUUUGUUGCUAAUUUGAGGAAGACUGGAACUAGUGUUCCAAUUCUUUCCUAAGGCAUAAUCAUCAUUGAAUAGAAUGUGAACCAGGUUAGCCACCAAAUUUAUACACGCUGAAAAGUAGCUCUCAUGUCUAUAUAAAUAUGCACAAAUGAAUAGAAAAACAAUUUAUUAAGCAGUUUACUCAGGUAUGAAUGUCAUCAGUUUUAUCAAUUUGCUGACUAGUUUGAACUUUUUUUUUAUUAAGUAAUAGUACUGAUACAUUACCAAUAAGAUUGACAACUAUCUUGGUCAAAGGAACAAUAAUCCACUACGGUCUAUUAUCUUGAAAAUCUGUAUAUAUAUUGAGAAAAUCUGACGAGGCAAAAAUCUUGAAAACUAUAAUAGCAGUUACAAAAUCAGUGCCAUAAUUGUAAGCUAUUAAUCCAUAAUUUAGGUUACAAUUACAGAUGAAUUGCUCGAAACAAUAAGGAAAACUUUAAACAAAAGAAACUGGAAACUUUUUUUUUAAAGGAAACUUUAUUCUGUAAUUUCUUCUGUUUCAAAACAUGUAUUGCUCAGACUUAAAACUAUGAAUUUAUGGAUACAAAUAUUAAAAUUGCAAUUUUAAAGAAAUAGUUAUUAGAAUUUAGUGAUGCACUGACUUUGAUACAGGUUUAGCACAUUUAACUACUGAAAAAAAUAAUUAUCUUUCAGAAGAUCUAUAAUAGUGCUAUACUAAAGCAAAUUUUGUCAACUACCAAUUUUUGACUAAAAUAUGAAUGAAAUUAUGCAACACGUUAUCAAAUAUUUCCACCAGUGAUGUCGAUCACUUUUGAUUGUUUAAACCAUGGUAAUGUCUGUUUUUGUCUUCAUAUAGUUAUGUUCUACUGUGUAAGGGAUUUUCAGAUUUGCUGGGCAGACAUUUUUUGUUUGAUAAUAUUUAGAACUUUUAUGAUACCAACUGAGCAUGGAAUUUUUUGUAGCAUAUUACUCAGCUUUUGUAUUAAGGAAUGAUUUAAUAUUUUAUCUUUAACUUUAUGAUAAUGAUUUGUACCAUGUACCCUAUUUUAAUAUCAGCUGGGAAGCCCAUGUCUGUUUGAGAAUUCUUUUGAUUUUUAUUAUACCUACUAAAGAAUUGAAUGUUUCCUCAAAUGGAUGCAUACUUUGUAUGACAUCACCUGUAACUUCUUGUUUCCUUCACCUUCAAAUAGUCAUGUAUUGCAUUUUAUCGAAUGUUGUACAUCUUAUUUUUUUGAAAAGAACACCCAUAACUGGUUUUGUUCCAGAUCAAGGUCGAAUUUAACAGAUACUGGUAAAUAAAUUGAUAUUUGUUUUGAAAUAUUUCACAUCUUGAUUUGCAAAAUAGAAUCAAUUAAAUGUUAAAAUGU